GAAAAACCUAUUUAAGCUAGUUAGAGCACAGGUGCUGUGUAAGUUUUAAAAAUGACCUGGCAGUCAGUUUCAUGGCAAAUUAUGUUGUUUUCUCACCUAAGGGAUAUGACACAAUUCUGCUACACAAUGUAGUGUAAUUCUUGUAAAAUUAUCGGAGAGAGAUAAGCAUUCAAUGCACAUAAGGCUUUAUAUGUGAGGAUUGCUAUGCAUGUGUGAAAAGCCCCUGGAACUGUGAUACAGAGCUGUGAUUCCAUCUGGUCUUGCAAGGUUUGUGGAAACUCCAGGCCAUUUCUCCUGGACGGAGAGUUACUACCGAUCCACCAUGUCCCAGAGCUCGCAGACAAGAGAAUUCCUCAGUCCAGAGGUUUUCCAGCACAUCUGGGACUUCCUGGAACAGCCGAUAUGUUCAGUUCAGCCGAUCAACUUGAAUUUCAUGGACGAUACCUCAGACAAUGGCCCUACAAACAAAAUAGAGAUCAGUAUGGAUUGCGUCCGGAUGCAGGAUGCGGAUGGGAGCGACCCCAUGUGGCCGCAGUACACAAACCUGGGGCUCCUAAAUAGCAUGGACCAGCAGAUUCAAAAUGGUGCCUCCUCCACCAGCCCCUACAACACGGAGCACGCUCAAAACAGCGUCACGGCACCCUCGCCCUACGCCCAGCCCAGCUCCACUUUCGAUGCCCUCUCACCCUCCCCUGCCAUCCCCUCGAACACAGACUACCCGGGACCUCACAGCUUCGACGUGUCAUUUCAACAGUCCAGCACGGCCAAGUCAGCAACGUGGACGUACUCGACUGAGCUGAAGAAGCUGUACUGCCAGAUUGCCAAGACAUGUCCCAUCCAGGUCAAAGUCAUGACACCGCCGCCACAAGGCGCCAUUAUCCGCGCCAUGCCAGUCUACAAGAAGGCCGAGCACGUCACUGAGGUGGUCAAACGCUGCCCGAACCACGAGCUGAGCCGGGAGUUCAACGAGGGGCAGAUCGCCCCUCCCAGCCACUUGAUCCGGGUGGAAGGAAACAGCCAUGCUCAGUACGUGGAAGACCCCAUCACCGGAAGGCAGAGUGUACUCGUACCCUAUGAACCACCGCAGGUUGGCACCGAGUUCACGACGGUGUUGUACAACUUCAUGUGCAACAGCAGCUGUGUUGGCGGAAUGAACCGCCGCCCGAUCCUCAUCAUCGUAACGCUGGAAACAAGAGAUGGACAAGUCCUAGGCCGCCGGUGUUUUGAAGCCCGCAUUUGCGCUUGUCCGGGGAGGGACCGCAAAGCAGAUGAGGACAGCAUUAGAAAGCAGCAAGUCUCCGACAGCACAAAGAACGGUGAUGGUACGAAGCGCCCUUUUCGGCAGAGCACGCAUGGGAUACAGAUGACCUCUAUCAAAAAACGUCGCACUCCAGAUGACGAGCUCCUUUACUUACCAGUACGGGGACGGGAGACGUAUGAAAUGCUGCUAAAGAUCAAAGAAUCCUUGGAGCUCAUGCAGUACCUCCCACAGCACACGAUCGAGACGUACAGACAGCAACAACAGCAGCAGCACCAGCACUUGCUCCAGAAGCAGACUUCCAUGCAGUCACAGUCAUCGUAUGGCUCCAACUCCCCACCGCUCAGCAAGAUGAACAGCAUGAACAAGCUGCCUUCGGUCAGCCAGCUGAUCAACCCCCAGCAGCGCAAUGCUCUGACCCCUACUGCCAUCCCCGACGGCAUGGGAACCAACAUUCCCAUGAUGGGCACCCACAUGGCAAUGGCCGGAGACAUGAACGGUCUCAGCCCUACGCAGGCGCUGCCUCCUUCCCUCUCAAUGCCAUCGACGUCUCACUGCACCCCGCCGCCUCCGUACCCCACAGACUGCAGCAUCGUCAGCUUCUUAGCGAGGUUGGGCUGCUCAUCCUGCGUGGAUUAUUUCACGACCCAGGGGCUGACCACCAUCUAUCAGAUUGAGCAUUACUCCAUGGAUGAUUUGGUGAGCCUCAAGAUCCCGGAGCAGUUCCGCCAUGCCAUCUGGAAAGGUAUCCUGGACCACCGGCAGCUCCAUGACUUCUCCUCCCCUCCUCACCUCCUGCGCACCCCCAGCGGCGCCUCCACCGUCAGCGUGGGCUCCAGCGAGACCCGGGGGGAGCGGGUCAUCGACGCGGUCCGCUUCACGCUCCGCCAGACCAUCUCCUUCCCACCCCGCGACGAGUGGAACGAUUUCAAUUUUGACAUGGACGCUCGGCGCAACAAGCAGCAGCGCAUCAAGGAGGAAGGGGAGUGAAGCCGCCAAGGCUCUGCCUCCGCCCCACCCCACUCACGAACUACUCCACCCUUCCCGUGUCUUCGUCCACUCGGACUGUACAUGAGCAGAAGGGCAGAGGAACCUUACUCUAGCUAGCUUGCCCCUAAUCCUGUCUCAGCCGCGUUCCUGGGCUCACGGCCUCCGUUGCGUAGCCAGGGAAAGAGAGGAGCGAGACGGGAUGCGGAUAGUGGUUUUCUCCAUUGCUGUUGGCUUUCCUUUGGGGAGAGGGGAGCGGGGUUUGUCUUUUGGCUUUUGAAACCUACGUGCACGGGCGUCCUGACCCACGCCUCAUCUUUCUCAUCCACUCAUUAUAAUUUUUUUUUUAACACGAGAAAUGUGCCUUGAUACCACAGAAAAAUCAAGGGGGAGUCCCUGAAUGCUUCACUUAAAUGGCACUUUUCUGCAGAGCUGAGCGCUUCCUCCAUCCUCCAGAGAGGCAUGCCGCUCAGUGCUUCGGUGAGCAUCCCAUCUGCCAGCUACUUCCCCAUUCCUGUCCUUCCCCGGCGCUCGGGAGAAAAUGCCUGCUUCCUCUCUGACUCCAUUCCCCUUCGUUCUGAAUGGAUGUGAGCUCUGUGCUCAUUUCACUCUCACAGACAGCCUGCCCUCCUGUUGGGGUCUUUCCUUUAGCGGUUUUGCAGUUGAUUGUUAAGAGCCUUACGAACAAGGCUUAGACGUGUUUGUAGUUUGGCAGGCUGGUCUGAGGAGGACACAAUGUUAAACCUCCAAUUAAAUUGAGAAGAAAUAAGUCAGAGGCUACAGGCCAGUUUGUAUGGCUGAGCUACUGUAGGCCCAGACAAUCCCUCAUUAAGGCUUCUCUAGGGAUGAAUGGUUUCCUUCCAAGGAAAGCACAGCCAUCCUAGAGAUGUCCAUAAUAGACUGAACUCUGCUUCACUGCCAAUAAUUGCCUUGAAACAAGUAUUUCCAAAGCUCGGUGUGAUGCCAUGAAUGUUACUGCUGCACAAAGUGGUGUUUACAUUUACAGGGUUAAAACCCAGCUGUUGACUUGUUGGUCCAGCAGCACUUGUGGUGUUUGCGGUGAGAAUACUAAUUACAAAUAACAGGAGCAACUGAGCCCAAUGGCUGUUUUCACAUGCAGAUUGGCCAGUUGAAGAGAGUCCAUUUCUAACACGGAGGAACAAAUUCAAAACGGGUAGCGCAGCUCCAAUAAAGCAGGCUUUCCUUUAGAGCAGGCCUCCAUUUUGACAGGUCAGAAUACCACGAAGGCAACUUCUGAGUGAGUUGCUUGCUUUACUGCCACACCACAGCUCAACGCAGUGCACACAGUGCUGCGGUACCAUAUACUUCAUUUAAGCAAAGCAGAGCUCAGAUCUUUUUAACUUGCAUGUCUGCUCAGGUCUAAGUUGCUUUCAGUGACUGCCCCUCGGUAACUCCCAAACACUGCCACGUUCAUUCUGAAUAGCUCUGAAACCAUAAAGCGAGAUGGUUACCCAGUCAGGUCUGUGUAUAGAUUUUUUUUUUUUUCUAUGUAUAAUUUUUGUUCCCUGAUUUUUACUUCCUCUUGGGUUACCGGGUCUUCCAGAACCACAAUAAGGUGUGUGUUUGUUUUUUGGUUUUUAUAAAUUGUAAGCAUUUCCCAGUAAAAUAAUAAUGUACCUUUAUAACAUGAUAGCUGUGGAACAAAUAUACUAUUUGUAUUUUCAUACUGAGAUUCCUGUUACCUUGAUGCAGUUGAAAGGCGGGGGAGCCACAAGCCUGUGAUCGUUUUAUUUUGUAACACUUCAAAGAGGAGAGUCCUAGAUUUCAAAGUACUUAAAGCGCACAGCGUGCAAACUUCAUUUGUGUAGCUUGCUACAAAAAAGGGAAUAAUUCUGCUCCUGACUCAAUGCAAGAAUUGAUUUGGUCAUGCACUGUUAACGGGAGGAAAGCAUUUUCACAACUAGUUUGCAAAAUCAUGGGGGUGAAGUAGAUUUGUCCCUCUUCACUUCGGUGGUUUUGUGAUUUACAUGGCAAUAUUCUUCUGAGCUGAUUCAGGAUUUUACAAUAAAAGCUACUGACUGUAAAGUGAAUGUAGUAGAUACUGAAUUAGAUUUCUCAGCCUCUGUGCAAAGAGGGGCCUUCAGCCCUGGUUUUUCAAUUCAGCAGUGAGGCUGAGCUCUUCAUCUGCGGCAUCUUUAAAGAUUUGUAUUAUCUGCUGUGAAAAAAUCUUCUGUGCAUCUCUCCUGUGUACCACUAUGGAGCCCACUUCGGUAUAAUCCUGCAUCUUCAAGAGAGUUUGAACUGCUGUUGCUUUUACCCUCCCCCGAAUAGCUGUGAUUUUUUGUUUUGUUUGUUUUUGCUAGAUCAAGCCUAUGGGUUAAUUGAGCUGAUGAUCUGCCAGUGCUUGUAGCAAUGCUGGUGUUGCCUACACCAAAGGCUUGUGUGUGUUGAAGCCUAUGGAAAAUAAAAGUUGAAUUGAAAAUGAGA